AGGAUUUGGAGGCUGGAUUAACCUAUUUAUAAACAUAGCAGUUACCCUGAAACUGCUAUGUUUAUAAAAAAAAAAAAAAAAAAAGGGGGUUAACCCUAGCUGGACCUGGCACCCAGACCACUUCAUUAAGCUGAAGUGGUCUGGGUGCCUAUAGUGGUCCUUUAAGGACACAUGACAUGUGUGACAUGUCAUGAUUCCCUUUUAUUCCAGAAGUUUGGUCCUUAAGGGGUUAACUAAUACCCAACACAUAGAACUUAUGGUAACAAAAUAAAAUAUAACAAAAAUACUAAAGCGUAUCAAGGGAUUUAAUCAACCCUGAUAAUAUAUUAUAGUACAGAACAGGUCAGGGUUGGGUGGCAAGUGCCUUGUGUGUUUAUGCUGUAUGAAUAAAGCUUGUUGAAGGGAAAAAAAAUUCAUCGUGGUUCUACCUGGCCAAUCAUGUCAGUUGCUAGGGGAAGCGUACCAAGCCGGAAGUACAACCAGCACCACGUGGUUAAAAACAUGGCGGAGAAGCGACCCAGACUGGAGCAUGUAAGACCUAGUUACCGGUGUCACCCUGUCAUUAAUGCCCUGGGAAAGGGGGUAUCGAUUAAUUAACGCAAACCAAUUAAUAAUGACCGGGGUAUCUGACUAUAAACGCAGUUUGUGACUAAUUUAGCCUCUGAUCGAAUUAUUAAAUAAACGUUAAAACUAAACACUUGGCAAAUAUUGAAUGUUUCUCCCUAAAUUCUGUGUAAAACGUAAACCUCAAUAGACAGAGUCAAAAUAAUGAGAGAAUAAAAUCACCAAUGGCAUCAUGUGAGACUGAUCAGAUAUAUUGUAAUUAUAUAGAAAGCAAUACCAUAACGUGAUGUUCUAUAAAUGUGUAGUUUAGGCUACUUAUUAUUGAUCUGUAAGGAGUUUGUAGUCUAAUAAAUUACUGUAUUACUUUCACAGUGCGGUAGGAAUGCAUUCUAUGUAUCACAAUCUGUCCUGAAGACUAGCAUGAGGCUCUGGGAGAAUACCCUCAAAUGGAGGCUUGCCAACCUCCCUACAUCUGCAUUAUGGCUAUUAUACUGUAUGUCAAAAUGAAGCUGGUAUGCAUAGUAACCAGCAUACUGACCAGCAACACGGGCAGAUAGCAUUAAUAAAAUUAAAUUCUGACAGCUCAGAAUUAAACAAGUAUCAGAUUUUAUCUAUCUUUCAUAAAUUAGCUUGGGUUUGUAUUAAAAUACCAUGAUCUCAUAGAUGAUAUAGUUUAGGAUACAGUCAAAUACAGUGAAUACAAUUGAGAGAUUUCCCUGUUGUAUAGUUAGGCUUACUAGAGCCAGGUGCAGGAGAAGUGUGUUACAGGAAGUCUCAAUGACAGCUGUAUCCAGAAAUAAGUAUCAACUCAUUUGGGUAUAACCCAAAAUGCACAUCAAUCUUAUGGAAUCCGUUAAGACUUUAGUAAUUUUAGCCUGGCAAAGUUACUUGCAUUCAUUAGUGGAGUGGUAAAAGCCAUGGUAAAAUUACAUAAACUCCUAGAAAUUCCGACGUAAUGCCAUGUCUGAGAUCAGUGGCAGUUUUAGUACAUCCAUGGCAAAGGCUAUGGCAUUAUACUGCAAUAUUGAUCUUAUAGAUCUUCCAACUUUUCCUUUUUUUUCUUCUUCUCAUGUUAAAGCCAGUCAUGUCAGGAGGUUGCUUUGCCCUGUGUGAUCUGUACUUUUUAUAUUCCAGGACUCUGAUAAGAAGAUUGAUUGGAGGAAAGAUAAACAGCAAAGUAAGACACAGAAAAAUCAUAUCUAUUGAAGGGAUAUUCUCCCUUUGCAUUCCUUUUGAGCAUCCUCCUUGUACUGCCAUCAGAAAAUUUAGCACCGGUUUCUUCCAGUCUGAAAUAAGUAUAUGGUCCAUGGCUACUGCUGGCGAGUUAUUGGAACCUGCACAAUUAUAGAAUUAACUCUGACUGAUGUUGCGCGCUGGAUAGGUUCUCGUUUUUGGGAGUUGAUUUAUUUAUAUUAAUGUGACCAUGUACCAACUCCUACUGUCUGUUUUAAAAGUGUUGCAUGGUUACCCAGGUGUAAGUAACUCAAAGUGUUCAUGGCUUCAGGGGUACAGCUCCACCAAUGCUAAACACACAGAGCAUCAAGCAUUGCUCAUACCCGAGUACUGCAUUGGCCACCAGCUUUAACUUAUUCUUACACGCAAACUAUCCCCUCUCUGAACAUGCCAGUUGUCUCACAGAUUCACAUGUUCUGUAAUCCAUAUAUUUCUAACCCUAAACAGGGCUCAGUUUUUCACACCCAAAGGAUGGCCUAACCAUAGUUAUAAGUUGCAUCGAUUUUAUUUAAUUAAUUUCAUUAAUCAAUGGUGUAUUUUCAUUUCAGGAAAAGAGCAACGUAAACAAUGGAGAGAGGCAAAGUUGGUAAAACAGCUGGAGAAGAGACAACAACAGCAAAAGCUGGAGCAGCUCGAGAAGGAAGGGAAGAAAACAGCGAUUGGUAGGAAAAGAUAAACAUCUGUGUAUGAACAGGCUGUAAUUGGAAUACAAUUAAAGGACCACUCCACACACAUACUUUAGUUUGCUGCAGUGCUUUGUGUCUAUGGAGUAUCCCAUUGUAAAACCAGUUUAUAAAACUGCUUUUUUUCUAUGAGAAAUCAGCACGUUUAUAAAUUGAUUAAGAAACUUUUCCCUGGCUGUCAGUCAGUCCUUUUGUUAGUUCAACUACUGUUGCGUGCCUGGCUUCUUCUACAAGUGCCUAUCAGCAUGCAUUAACAGGGCUGCAUUGUAUCUGGUCCUCCCUGUUCUUCCACCUGCAACCUGGCUUCAGAGAGCUUCAUACAUCUCCACCUGGCUGCACACAUGGCUCAGAAGCAUCUAGUCUUUUAGAAUGUUUAGUCUGUGCUGGGGGUAGGGGAAGGCUUGCAAAGGCUACAGAAAGAAAAUCUGCAGCUAUAACUUUUGCAAGUUUUUUUUCUUUUAUUUGAUAUUUCCCCAAUGACUACAUGCAUGGAUAAAUAUAUAUCUACUAAAUUCUGAUAUCUAUUGAUAUUUUCACUGCAGAGUGUUCUUUUCAUCAGAUGUCUCAUUUUCUGAUCAGUUUAGAAAAAAACCUGAAUUGUACUUUUUUCUUCUAAUUUUAGAGAAUACCUGAAUUUAUUUACUUUUUUAUCAUCUAAUUUGGCUCUUUUACCCACAUUGUACAAUCCAGAUGCAAAUUUAAAGAUUUGUAAAUUACAAUUUAAAUUGGGAUCUGCAUCACUGGUAUGCAAGGUUAGCGAUAGUAUUAUGAAGUGGGACUUUGUAGUUACCGGAAUACAAACAGUGACUGGAAUGCAGACUUGACACAAGACAUUACUGUUUUUUUUUUUUUUUAAAGUAAUGUGAUAUUUGCAUCUGGUGACUGUAUUCAUUUUGCAGGUCGUCAGUACACAUUGAGUGUCGCUUUACCAGGCUCCAUUUUGGAUAAUGCCCAGUCCCCAGAGUUACGUACCUACCUGGCUGGACAGAUAGCUCGGGCUUGUUGUGUCUUCUGCGUUGAUGAAAUUGUGAUAUUCGAUGAGGUUGGAGAAGGAUCUAAGUACGUCUCUUGUGUUCUUUGUUUAGCUGGGCUGUUUUCUUUACCUGGUGGCCAGUACGGGCAAUAAUGUGUUUUACUCAUUGUGUUGCAGAAGUGUGGAGGGAAACUUUGAAGGUGUUGGAAAGAAAGGGCAGGCAUGCGUACAACUGGCGCGUAUCCUGCAGUAUCUGGAAUGUCCUCAGUAAGUGCAUGUUUAUGGAACUUGUUGUAGAAAAGCACAAUUAAAGGCAAAUCUAAACACAAAAUCACAUUUGUACCUGCUGGCCAAACUAAGUAACCGAAGGAUAGGUAACCUUUUUUUUGUAUACUUUAAUAUCCAUAUAUAUGUAUGUAUUUUGAAUUACAAAUUAGGAUAUAAAAUAUUUAAGCGCAUCUACUCUAAGAAUGCAGAGGACACCAUACCACAUUGCCAUGUGUGAAAUAUUGUGGGAUUUAAUGCAAAUCUUUAUGGUAAAAUGAUCUUCAUAACCGAGACCAGUGCAUAAACAUCUAUAAUCUAUAAAUUGGCUUGUGAUUUAUCUAGCACAAUAUGUAGUUUAUAACUUACCUGCAGUGAAACACACUCAUAGCUCUGAUAACUUUUCUACUUAGUGAAAUACUCCAGGCACCAUAACUUCAUCUUAAUUAAAUUGUUAUGGUAACUGGAGUAUACACAAUGGGUUGCCAAAGACAGACUGACAGUGUCAGCUGACACUGUCAACCAGUCACACUGACCCCUCACUGCUCACGCUAAUGUUUCUGCAUUAGUCCGCAGCAGGGUAGGAGAAGGAGAGAUCUGUGCCUGGGGACACAUCUUAAGGGUUAAAGGUAAAAUGGCAGCAGAUGACUCCCAAGCAUCACCACGAUUUCAUUGGGAUUUUUUUUUUGUGUGUUAAGGAUUAACUCAAUGGACUUUUUUUUUCAAUCUAGAUUAUGAUGUCACUAUAAAGUUGUUAUGGUUCUUGAACAGUUGAUUGAAAUGGUACAAUCCUAUAGUGGUGUACUGUUGUUCAGGCACAGUCAUUUUUUUUUUUAUCAACAUCACAUAUGGAUAUUUUUGUUUUUCUUUUAGAUACCUGAGAAAAUCAUUUUUCCCAAAACACCAGGACUUGCAGUUUGCAGGUAGGUAGUACAGUCAGUAGGUCAGUGACUGCGAUUUCAGUUCCAGGUUGCAGACUUAGCUUUGCAUGCCAUGCACACCUGAAUUUGCCACUUUGUUGUCCUAUGCAUCACUUCGCAUAUGUUAUACAUUUUGGUAAAGUAGGCUGGUUCACAGAUAAAUCACACUAAUAAUGAAUAAUGUUUUGCAGGACUUCUAAAUCCUUUAGACAGCCCGCACCAUUUGAGGAUUGACGAGGAUUCUGAAUAUCGAGAAGGAGUAGUGCUGAACAGACCCACCAAACCAGGCAAAGGGUCCUUUGUUAACUGCGGAAUGCGUAAGGUAUGAUCUGUUUCAUUCUGAUUUGUGAAAUCGAUUUCCAGUUAAGUGCACAUCUCACAGGGUUAUUCACUAACUUGAGCAUUGUCAGGAAUUUGAAAUUGCCAAAGAUGCAAAUUUAAGGUCACGGUAGUGAAACUGGAAGAAUUUUUAUAAUUCUGCUAUUUUGCAUUUAAAUUCACUUUGAAUUCCUCGCCAUCCUCACUUUAUUCAAUAUUCGUGUCAUACGUUUUUGUUACCCUGUUCUUUGGCAAAUCAAACACAUCACUUAUGAAUGCAUAGUUUUGGGAGAGAGAAUAUCUUCAACUUCUAUUUGGUGAAACCAAUUAGAUUCAUAGAAUAUCUAAGAAACUGGCUAAUUUUGGCGUUUCUGGAAUGAAGGUCACAUGAAAAAACUACAAACUUGAUUUAUUGCAAUAAUCUUAUACUAAAAUGCAUCAAACUUAGGGUUGUUAUAAAAGUGUUUGUAAAAAAAACAGCCAAUAAAGUGUUCUAUCCAAAUUUUGAAAAGGGGGUUAGAAUGCAUAUUUUUGGAACCACAGAGAAAUGUGAGUUUAUCACUUUUAGAGUCAAUAUCAUGUUGUUAAUUAGUGUGUGUCUUUUCACAAUAUAUACAUCAUUUUUUUAGGAGGUGCAAAUAGACAAACUGCUGCAAGUAGGUGUCCGGGUUACUGUGCGCUUACACCCUGAUAAUGCAGGUAAGUUAUGCUGCAUCUCAUUGAUAGCAUCUUAAAGUGCACCAGUUAAGCAAAAAAUUACAUGCAGGCAGUUUCAGCGAAUAAGAUGUAAACAGUGCUUGUUUAAGGCACAUUACUUGCCAGUGUAUAGAUUAGGCUUUGUUUCAAAUUGUGCGUAUAUUAUGUCAUACAUUGGGGUGUGUCCGCGUACAUUCAUUGCCUGCAUGUUUCAUGCUGAGCCACGUUUUAGCUGCUUUACAUUGAUUGAGCUGCAUAACUGGAGAAUUUAGACCAGGACCUGAAGGGAUUCUUGCGCAUCACACAUUGUAUGCAUUAGGGAUGCACCGAAAUUUUCAGCCGAAAAUGGGCCCAUCCCAUUUCAGCCGAAAACGGGUCUAAUCUCCCAAAAAUUACAACCCCCCAACCUCCAAAUCCGUCUCCCAUAGUCCUCUCUACCAAUACUCCAUCCCAAACCUCUCUAAGUCCAUGUUCCUUUGUCUGUGCCAUCUUCCUAGUCCCCUUGUCUCCUGGGUCCUGCCCUAUGGCCAUGAGACAGACUCAAACCUGCUCUUGGAUUCCUUGAGUCCUAGUGGCUGUAAUUAUGCCUAAAGUACCCACCUUUCUUUUUCAAUACCUGGCUGUCCAUGUCUCUCUUCUCUGACCGUCUUUCAAUGGCUGGUUACCGAUCCUACGAUCGGCUUCCUGCUCCACCGCUCUCCCCUGUACGGCGAGACAAAGAAAGUCACAAAUCCAGGCAGGCCCCACAGCCCCGACCUAGGCACGAACCACCCCUUUUGCUGCUUGUAAUGGACCGCUCCACCUGUCGAUCCUAUUGCCAAAAUGUACCACUCUGGAUCUGAACAAUCGAAGGUAGCAAGGGGGGAGGUGAUUCAUGACAGGAAGAAACUACGGUACUUACUUUUCUCUCCCUGUCCUGCAGUGCAGGCUAGUUUGAUUGACAUUAUAAUAUACUAAGAGGUGGCUUACUUCCCGUUUCCAUGAAAAUAGGUUCGUUUCCCUUACUUAAAUCACGGCCUUUGCACUCUUAAAGGGACAGAACUACAUAUCGGGUCUAUUGUUGUAAUCAGGGAAAAGAUUUUUCAUUACUUUGACUUCUGACUUCUGCCUCCUAACCACUGACUAUGGGCCAUGACCAGGAUAUAGGUUUUGUUUGUGGAGAGGUGGGCAUGGGGGACAGUUGGGGACUUCUUCCUCCUGGUAUGGGUUUGCCACGUUCCCCAAUUAGAAGUGUAAACUUUCAAUUUCCAUAUGUGCAGUUAUUGAAUCAAUAAAAUUAUAGAAAAAAUAUGUUUUCGGCCAAGGGCAUCCUUAAUUUUGGCCCAGAAUUUUCAUUUCGGUGCAUCCCUAGUAUGCAUUUAUCAACUGUUCUAGCUUGAAGAAACUAAGUAAAUUAACUUACCAUUAGAAAAUAUAAAAGUCCAUGUCUUUUGGACUUGUAAAAGGGUACAGUGACAUCAGAAUGUACUUUCUAGACUAAAGUAUCUCUUAGUUUUAUUUUAUUUCAUUUUUUUCCUCACCUUUCUAGAAAAGAGAGUGCGGAAAGGAAUUGUGGUCUCUCCACAGAGUCCAAGGACCGACGGGGGUCUUUACUGGGGAUACAGAGUGAGACUGGCAUCCUGCAUUAGUGAGUAAUAUGAUAUGGUUUUCAAGCAUUCUAUGUACUCAAUGUAGAGAGUAGAUUUUAUUAGCUCAAUGUUUAUUUUUACAGGUUCUGUCUUCACUGAAUGCCCCUUUAAAGAUGGCUAUGACCUUUCCAUUGGAACAUCAGAAAAAGGGUCUAACGUUGAAGACGUCACGCUGCCAAAAUUCAAGUAAGUAUAGUAUUGAAAUCCUGAAAUCUUGUUUUUUGGAUUAAUAAAGGAUUGAUUUUAAUAGGAGAGGCAUUCACAGGAUUAUCAUUUGCAACUGUACUGUAAUCUUUAUAUGAAAAAAGUGUUGAAAUAUAUUGCUGUGGGCUCAGGAUAACAAGUUGCAAGCUUUGCCUGCUAGCUUCCAGUCACCGGGCUAAUAAAGGGCUGCGGUGGUGUUGGUCAUAAUUUCUUAGAGAUGCCAGCAGCAGUUUUAUGGUGGAUUUGAGAUAGUAUUGCUCUUUUAUUCUAAGUUGGGUCCUAAUCAUUAUUGCAAGUUAAUUUUCUGAUCUUGGCUGCCUCUCACUGGCGAUACUGAGGUUUUUGUAGUGACCAUGUUGAAUUGUGUUUGCAGACAUGCGCUGGUAGUCUUCGGAGGUCUUCAAGGGCUGGAGGCCAGUGUUGACAGUGACCAGAAUGUGAAUAUUACAGAACCGAGCCUCCUGUUUAACCAUUACCUAAAUACUUGUCCUGGGCAAGGCAGCCGUACCAUCAGAACAGAGGUGAGUUGACGCUACAUUGUUCAUAGUUUCUUAAAACUGGCUAUUUUACAUUUACAGCAAUCACAUCGGCAUCAAAACAUUUAUUUUAAAAGGAUCAACACUUUAAAAUUUGUAUAGUAAACUACUAUAAAAAAGGAAGUGGCUCUUGGCAAAACACUUAAAGGGACACUAUAGUCACCUGAACAACUUUAGCUUAAUGAAGCAGUUUUGGUGUAUAGAACAUGCCCCUGCAGCCUCACUGCUCAAUCCUCUGCCAUUUAGGAGUUAAAACCCUUUUGUUUAUGAACCCUAGUCACACCUCCCUGCAUGUGACUUGCACAGCCUUCCAUAAACACUUCCUGUAAAGAGAGCCCUAUUUCGGCUUUCUUUAUUGCAAGUUCUGUUUAAUUAAGAUUUUCUUAUCCCCUUCUAUGUUAAUAGCUUGCUAGACCCUGCAAGAGCCUUCUGUAUGUGAUUAAAGUUCAAUUUAGAGAUUGAGAUACAAUUAUUUAAGGUAAAUUACAUCUGUUUGAAAGUUAAACCAGUUUUUUUUUUCAUGCAGGCUCUGUCAAUCAUAGCCAGGGGAGGUGUGGCUAGGGCUGCAUAAACAGAAACAAAGUGAUUUAACUCCUAAAUGACAGUGAAUUGAGCAGUGAAAUUGCAGGGGAAUGAUCUAUACACUAAAACUGCUUUAUUUAGCUAAAGUAAUUUAGGUGACUAUAGUGUUCCUUUAAUGGGCUAUUCUCUGCAUCAUACCCCUGUCUGCUGUUGUGGAUAUGUUGCCAGGAUUCCCCUCAAACUGUAUACGUCAGCUUAUGGGUCUCUUCUAAUGAAUCCUAUCCAAAGUGUAUUACUAAGACAGAUCAAAACAGGCUAGAGACAACAUGCGCACUAGGCAAAGCUAGAUUAGUUAAAAAGUGUUCAUAAACCGUUUGCUUACCAUGUGGUGGAACCAGAGGACACAUGACACCAUAUGCAAAAACAUACUCUUUGUUUUUCCUUUAAUGCAUUUGCUUAGGGUUUUCAGACAUUAAACCUAAGCUGUUCCUGGGAUGAACGUUAUCAGCUGCAUUUUACCGACAAUGCCCAAAAAAGGCCAAACCAAUGUACGUUUGUGUUCCUGGCCCUAUAGUGUACCUUUAAUAUGGCAUCACGUGGUUCUGUCUAAACCCAAUAAUCCUAAAAACUGCAAUGGUAGAAAGAUAUUAGGCAAUCACUACACACAGAUCAUGUGGUUUAUGAAUAAACUGGGGAGGGUGACGGGUGCCAAAAAAGGGACAUUUACUAUACUGUUGCCAACAGUUUUGAAAUACUGAUUUUAUUUUAAUGCUUAUUUUGAAACACUUAACUGUUUGUGGCUUCUUGCUUUACUUGUAGGAGGCUAUUUUAAUAUCUUUGUCUGCACUGAGGCCCAAGAUAGAAGCUGCGUCCCAUAGUCCUGAAGGAAGCUGAGACUGUCUAUUCUACCGGUCUGUGGACUCUGUGUUAACUUGCUCCGACAAUGAGGUCUUGAACUAGAUCACACCAGGCACAAGACAUCUUGCUCCUCAUUCACUGGUUAUAUUGUGUCAUUAACAAAGCCCCAACAAAUUCACAAAUAAAAACCUACACUGGUGCAUACUUCGAAUCAAUUGCCAUUUUCCCAGUCCUGGAUAUAAAUGAAGACUUUCAGCUCAGCGUUGUUUUGAGAAAAACAAACCGCUUGCCUGCAUAAUAAGGGGAUAGAUUGGUCAGUCGGGCAAGGUCACAAUUCAAACUUGUGGGAAUCCACUUGUAAUAUGGCUUAAAGGGAGUUGAUAAACCAAGAAAAACGGUUUCUUCAGUCUCCUACCGGAAUGGUAACAUCAGAGAGUUCUUGUACUUCAGAAACGGAUUGAAUUAUGAAUUAACAAAAAAAUUGAAAAAUUCUAAAGUUUAAGGAUAGAGCUGCAGAAACCACCACUCAUUCAGGCAUGUACUCUAUCCCAUUUUUAUGUGAUUAUAAUAAUUACAAAGACUUGUGUAUGCCCAGGAUAUACAGUGUACUACACACAUAAUAAAAUAAUGAUUUUAUUACAUUCGUAUACGUCACUUUUUCAUAGGGUGAAUCCUACAAAAUAUAUUACUGUCUGUUCAUUCAAGUGUUAUAUUAGGAUAGAAAUAGCAGCUUUUUCAUAUAAGAGAAUUCUAACAGGAGUCUUCAUUUACCACCAGCUGUAAUAGCCUGUAACUUGUUAGUACUUUUCAUGAGAUUGGGGACAAAGAGCAGGCCCGCAGCCCGUUCAAUGCGCUCUAUAGGCACCAGAAAGCGCUCCAAUGGGGUAUUUUCAUCAACCGGAGAAUUUGGCAUUAUGUAGGGUCGAAGCUCCAGUUCUCCGCUGAACUUCUCCAAAACCACAACUUUAAAGAAAUGUGUGGGGACAGCCACAUUGUUUUUACCAAUGACUUGGUACUUCACGUACAUCUUCCCAUCUGGCUCCAUCCUGAGAAGACACCAUACAUGUUUAUACAGCGUUAGAAUUAUGUAAGAACAUUUAGAGUAUAUACUUUAAAAAGGACAUAUUUAGAUCUAAAUCUUGAUUAUAUUUACAGGAACGCUAUAGUGGGUCUGGUGUCUAUAGCCUGUCCAUGCAGGCUUUUCUAUGCAUUUCUAUGUAAACGCUGCCUUUUCUGAGAAACGGCAGUGUUUACAUUGCUGCUUAGAAACACCUCUAGUGGCUGUCACUCAGACGGCAACUAGAGGUGCUGCACUCUAGGGCUAUA